UUGACUCAAGUGGUGUGGGGAGCAGAAGAAAAAUAGUCAGAACUGUCACUCACGUCACUUUGACAUUUAUAUUUCCAAAACAAUUGUUAUAGGGUGUGAAAUAAUUAAUUUGCCUAGUUUAAUAUUCGAUUGAAAAAAUGGGUAUUAUCACAUCAUGUUGUAAACCAUCGGAUUCAUAUCAAGAUUUGACUCCUGAUCCGGUAAUUGAAGUGAAACGGCGUCAAAUGAUUGAAGCUGCCGAAAAAAGACAAAUGGAACAAGAAUCGAGAGGAAUUAAAAAUAUGGAUGCUGUAAAAAGACAGCAGCGAUUAGAUGAAGAACGUAGACAACGAGAAGAUGUUGGCGGAAGUAACACCAAUCAGGGAGCAAUGAAAUGGCAAGUGGAAUGAGCAGUUACUUUAAAGUUCAGAUGUUUUCUUAGGAAAGAAUUUCUUUCUUAAUACAAUGGUCUGCGUUAAUAUUCACGUGGUUAAUUAAAAAAAAAAAAUAUUUUCUACUAUUGCUAUUAUCCAUUUUUUAUAUUAAGAAGAUUUUUAUAAUUACCAUUGAAAUUAAGAUAUAAGUAAAAUUAUUACUUGUUUACAAAUGAAGAUUUUUUAAAUGUAGAUUUUCGUGAAUAAUUAUUAUAUAUGUAAAAGAGUAUUUUUUUUAUAUACUUGAAAGUUAAUAACACUUUUUUUCUUUUCUUUUCGAACGCGAUAUGUAAUCACUUAUAUUUCAGUUGAAUUUACCACUGGUAUUUAAAAUUAUUAUUAUAUUUAUAAAUUAUAUUUAUGGCACUAGAAAAUAAUUAAUAUGUGUAAUACUUUAUAAGAAGGAGAGAAAGAAAGAAACAAACCGGUGUAUAGAAAUUUAUCUCUUGGGCAAUGAAAUAAUUCUGUCGUAUUGUUAAAGUUUGCGAAUACAGUGCAUAAUAUCCAAUAUUUAUUUGUUAUUAAGUAUUAAAUUAAAUAUAUGUAAAUCUGUGUAUAAACAUCUUAAGUAUUAAAUUUUAAAUCAUGAUGAAA